AAGGGACUUUUAGCAAGGACUGGAGUGUGUUUGGCUGUGUGUGUGUUCAUAUUAGAAAGACUUUUGUUUUAUAGUGUAGAAAAGUUCAAAAUCGAGUUUUCUUCAGGGUCUAAGUGGUGGUUUCUGAGUUUUCAUUCAGUGGAAUGUGUUCUUCUUUGAAAAGUCGGUCUUCUAUGUCAGAUACUGUGAAAAGGUUAAUAAGAUUGACAGUACAGGUGUAAGAAUUACAUACAUUAAGUUUGUAUGUGUCUACGUGGGUGAUUCAGGCAGUUUUAGUUUGUUUUGAGUGCGUUUUUGUGCUGUUGUGAACACUGAGGAUGUCUAACUCCACCAUCAACUUCUAUGCCCUGCCUCAGUCCUUCAGCAUCUCUGACAUUAUCGUCAUAGCAACCUACUUUCUUCUCAACCUCGCUGUCGGCAUCUGGUCAUCAUGCAGGGUGAGCAGGAACACUCUGAGUGGAUACUUCCUGGCUGGACGAGACAUGGCCUGGUGGCCGAUCGGAGCGUCUCUCUUUGCCAGUUCAGAAGGCUCCGGGUUGUUUAUUGGUCUGGCUGGGACCGGAGCUGCUGGAGGCAUCGCUGUCGCUGGUUUUGAAUGGAAUGCCACAUAUGUGCUGCUAGCCCUGGCCUGGGUUUUUGUACCUGUCUACAUUUCCUCAGGGAUUGUGACAAUGCCGGAGUACCUUGGCCGUCGUUUUGGAGGAGAGAGGAUCAGAACCUACAUGGCUGUCCUCUCAUUGCUGUUGUCUAUCUUCACAAAGAUAUCAACUGACCUGUACUCUGGAGCCUUGUUUGUUCAGGUUUGCCUCGGAUGGAACCUCUACUUGUCUACUGUCCUCAUGCUGGUGGUCACUGCUCUCUACACUAUUGCAGGUGGUCUGGCUGCUGUUAUCUACACCGACACUCUGCAGACAUUUGUCAUGAUUAUCGGUGCAAUCAUCCUAACAAUCACAGCAUUCAAUAAGAUUGGCGGCUAUGGCAACCUGGAGCGUGUGUACAGAAUGGCAGUGCCCAGUAAGAUCAUCCCAAACAGCACCUGCCACCUGCCCCGUGAGGACGCCAUGCACCUGUUCAGAAACGCCGUCACCGGAGACUUACCCUGGCCGGGCAUGACUCUGGGGCUCACCAUACUGGCCACCUGGUACUGGUGCUCUGACCAGGUGAUUGUACAGAGGUCCCUGUCUGCUAAAAACAUGAGUCAUGUGAAAGGAGCGUCAAUCCUGGCUGCCUAUCUGAAGUUGCUGCCGUUCAUCUUCAUAAUCCUUCCUGGCAUGAUCAGCAGAGCUCUCUAUCCAGACACUGUGGGAUGUGUGGAUCCAGAGGAGUGUGUGCGCGUGUGUGGAGCUGAGGUGGGAUGCUCAAACAUCGCCUUUCCCAAACUGGUCAUUGAACUCAUGCCAAGUGGCUUGAGAGGACUCAUGAUAGCAGUGAUGAUGGCUGCUCUGAUGUCCUCGCUCACCUCCAUCUUCAACAGCAGCUCCACACUCUUCACUAUGGACAUCUGGAAGAAACAUCGCCCACGUGCCUCAGAACGAGAGCUGCUUCUGGUCGGCAGGAUCGUGACUGUGAUCUUGGUGGUGGUGAGUGUGGUGUGGAUCCCCAUCUUGCAGUCGGCUAACAGUGGUCAGCUGUAUGUUUACAUCCAAUCAGUGACAAGCUACCUCGCUCCACCUGUCACUGCUGUCUUCACCCUGGCUGUCUUUUGGAAGAGGACCAACGAGCAGGGGGCAUUCUGGGGCCUGAUGGUGGGUCUGGUGGUGGGUGUGUGUAGAAUGGUGCUGGAGUUCGCCUUCCCCCCUCCCAGAUGUGGCGUUGUGGACUCAGCUCCUGCGGUGCUGCGUGAUGUCCACUACCUUCAUUUUGCCAUCUUGCUGUGUGGGCUAACUGCUAUUGUUGUAACUAUAGUAUCACUGCUCACACCUCCACCCAGCCACGAGCAGUUAUGUAACCUGACAUGGUGGACUAUAACUGAACAACCACAAAGAGAAAUACCUCUACAGAAAGUGUCCUCUGUCAGCCACCGUAGCUCCCAGAGUAAGAUUCUGAAUAGUCAGGCCACAUGGAAUAAAACCAGCCAUCAUGUGAUUUACAGUCAUCUCUGUAGAUUUUGCUUGAGUAACUUCCUGUGUCUGCUGUGUGUGUGUGUGUCUGUGUGUGUGUGUGUGUGUCUUUCAGGCUCUGAGCCAACUCGGAGUGUGACAUGUGGUCAUGGUGCGGGAUUGUGUAUCUCAGCAGCUCGGCGAUCAGAAGAGACUCCGGCUCCCAGAGUGCUUAGUGUCAGAGAGAGUGUGUUCUGGUCCAGGUUCUGCUGUGUGAACGCUCUCCUCUUGAUCAGCAUUAACAUUUUUCUGUAUGCAUACUUUGCCUGAGUCAAGGAUCCGAUUUAACAUCCUGCCUCGCCCUCCCGCUGAACCUCUGCCAAACUCUGAAACAUGAACCCAGAAACUCUGCCUGCCUGCCAAACAGCCUCUAAUUUCUCCAGGUACUCUACGGCGUAGAAGCAAGCUGUGAUUUUUAUACAUUGUAUGCAUAUCUUUCAAAAAUCAAGGCAAUGUACUGUAUUUAAAGUGAAUCAUACAGGUGUACAUGCAGAUGUAGAACAUUUCAAACAAAAAAGUCUGACAGCACAUACCUCUCUGCUAAGGGCUGCACACACCUCUUAAUGUCUUAUUUGGUUUGAUUUUUCUUUAAUCCGCUCUACAUUUCCGUCAAAUUAAACAUAAUGAUGGAUAAUAAUCACAAAGUCAGGAGUCAAAAUGUGAAAUUGGUUUACUAACUUUACUAGACCCAAGCUGUACACAUUAUGCACUCCUGAAUCUUUUUUUUCUACAUUUUUAAGCAGGUUGUCCCAAAAUCCUCCUGACUUGCCUGUGAUCUCACAUCACAGCAGGAGACUUUUCCUAGGGAUGGGGUGUGGGGCAUGAAGUUAAAAUGCGGUGCGGAAAUAGUCGACGAAUCACACAAGCCUGACGCUAUGUUCACAGUUUAUGCCUUUAUAACAGUGGUACGUGUAUUCACAGUUAAAACUAACAAGUGGAAUAGAACAUUUUGCUUAGUAGAAAAGCGUAUAUAAAGUGUGUCAAAUUGCACCGGUUGACUACCAGUCGUGUGACAUAAAUGUCAACACUCCUGCCCCCUCGUCGCAGGGAAUUUUCCUGAAUAUUUUCUGCUAUGUUCUCACAUUAGUUCACACAACUGGUCGAAAAACUCAAUGUGAAACUGUGUGAAAUGAUGUGAAAAAUGUGGCCAUUUGCAUUCAAACACACAGUUAGACCUAACCAUUAUCUGGACAUUUUCAGGAGUUUUGUGCAUGUGUAGAAACACCAUUAUAGUAUUUCUACAGUCAUGUUUUUUUUCUUGUGAUUUUUCUCUUUUCUCUUAUGUACUAUAGGCUUUUGGUUUGCUUAUGAAACCUCCAUUCCCAUGUUUUGUGGAUGAGUCUAAAACUUUUGGAGAUGUUGGAUAAAAAUGACUUCUGAAUGAAAGGGCAUCACAAGCUUACAAAACAAGUAAGAUGAUACGCUGUAGUGGGAAUAAAUCUGUGUUGUUUUGGUUUUAUGUGACUUGUGUAAAUAUGUGUCUUUAUGAGUCUGUGUGCAUAAUUCAAUAAACAGUAAAUGGUGAUCUA